AACAAAACCGCAUAAUCUAAGGCUCACGCCCAACUCUCUGUAGCCCUUGUAUCUGCUAGUUCCUGUGUGGUUUGCCUACAGACUACAGGGCUAACGGGGGGUAGUUUGGAGGAGGGAGUAAGAAAUAAGGCAGAGAAGGAAGCACUAUUAAUGGAUCUGUGAGCUUGUACCCUGUUUUAAUGCAGUCCUUGGAAGACACAAGGUGGACCUGUACUCUGACAUGCAGUAAUUUUGACGUGAGACUUCACCUUCCUUCUUGCAAGAGAGGAUUCUAUUAACUUGGUGUCAAAGCCAAGACAUAGACUCAACCUCUUCUCUUCAAAAAGCUUCACAUCACAACAUGGAAGCCAUUGCCAAGUUUGACUUCACCGCCUCCGGCGAGGAUGAGCUGAGCUUUCACACCGGAGAUGUUCUGAAGAUCUUAAGUAACCAAGAGGAGUGGUUCAAGGCGGAGCUUGGGAGCCAAGAAGGAUAUGUGCCCAAGAAUUUUAUAGACAUCCAGUUUCCUGAAUGGUUUCACGAAGGCCUCUCCCGACACCAGGCAGAGAACUUACUGAUGGGCAAGGAGGUUGGUUUCUUCAUCAUCCGGGCCAGCCAGAGCUCCCCAGGGGACUUCUCCAUCUCCGUCAGGCAUGAGGAUGAUGUUCAGCACUUCAAGGUCAUGAGAGACACCAAGGGUAAUUACUUCCUGUGGACAGAGAAGUUUCCAUCUCUAAAUAAGCUGGUGGACUACUACAGGACGACCUCCAUCUCCAAACAGAAGCAGAUCUUUCUGAGGGAUAGAACCCGAGAGGAUCAGGGUCACCGGGGCAACAGCCUGGACCGGAGGCCCCAGGGAGGCCCCCACCUCAGCGGGCCCGGGGGAGAAGAAAUCCGGCCGUCGAUGAACCGGAAGCUGUCGGAUCAUCCAGCGCCCCCUCCCUCGCAGUACCCCCCGGCACCGCCACAGCAGCAGCGCUAUCUACAGCACCCCCACUUUCAUCAGGAACGCCGGGGAACCAGCCUUGACAUAAACGACGGGCACUGUGGCGUGGGCAUGGCCAGCGAAAUGAACGCCGCCCUCAUGCACCGGAGACACACAGACCCAGUUCAGCUCCAAGUGGCCGGGCGAGUGCGGUGGGCCCGGGCGCUGUACGACUUCGAGGCCCUUGAGGACGACGAGCUGGGCUUCCGCUGCGGAGAGGUGGUGGAGGUGCUGGACAGCUCCAACCCGUCCUGGUGGACCGGCCGCCUGCACAACAAGCUCGGCCUCUUCCCCGCCAACUACGUGGCCCCCAUGAUGCGAUGAGCCCCUCCCGGUGGGGCCCGAGGCUUUCGUCUGAAGCUGCCUGCAAGAGAGGGGGCAGAGGAGAACAGCUGGAACUACGUGUACAUCCGUGUAUAUGCGUGUGCACACACACGUGCCUAUGUGUACGUGCAUUCGAUAAUAGUAAUUUAUUGGCAAUGCGGUCGGUUCAUUAGUUGAUAUGAAAGGAAGUCAGGUGGAGAAUUCUAUUCGUACUUGUUUUUCUGCUCUCCCCUCAGCGGGUGUGUGGAAGGCAGGGGGAAAGUUGGGGUGGGGGGGGCAGAGACAUGAAACCGAAGUUCUUCCUGUCCUUAAGAUGGCACCGCUUCCUCCUGGUCUUGGGACUUUCACUGAGACUAGCCGAGCAGAGAUCCACAUCCCGGCGUUAGAUGCAGAACAACAGGGUGGAGCCGGACUCGGUGGGGCCACGUUUUGGCUUUACCUCCGAGCCCCGCUCCCCUUGAGGUUUUGCAGGGCAACGUCCCUCCUGCGCGACCAGGGUGGGCACUGCUGGGCUGAGACCAGAGGAGCAGCCACACGGGACUGGAGCAGCGGGUGCCUGGAGGCCUGGGCGAGGCUGGCCUCCUGCCCCGUGCUCAGCGGAGACCUUCGCCUCCCUCGCCGGAGUGCUCCUCAGCCCUGAGAAACAGAGACGGUGAGGAGCCCAGCACUGGCAAAUGGCGGGUUUUUCACAAAUCCCCAGUGGCUUGCUUGGGUGUCACCUCUGUUUCCCCGGAUACCAAGAAAGCAGCAUCUGACAUUCUGUAAAGUGCUCGGAGAAGCCCUGGCUGAGAAUGCGGGACUUUAAAGCCAUUGUUUUUCAAGUCCCAGGGUGUCUCUUUGGGUCUCUAUUGGUUUUCCGUUGUCCUGAGGAUGCUUUGCCCAGUGGCAGAGAGGGAAGCCCACUCCACAAGAGCAUUGACUAGCAAUUGUUGAUCGGUUGACUGAUUGACUGAACUUGACCCUGGGAGGGAGCCGGCUUUGACGGGAGCUUCCUGUUGGAUCUGGCCGUAGAGUCAUUGCUGGCAUCCUCUCUCCAGCCUCGACCCAAGAGCUGCACCUGGGGAGAGGGACCCCAUUGCCCCUGUCUCUCCUGCCACCUCAAAAUAGAAUUAUGUUUCCUUGGGCUCAGCUGGGGGUGUGGAGCACAGGCUGGCCUGGCUGGGGAGAAGGGACCCUGGAGAAGGAAACAGUGUUUUGGUGGAGCCUGGGAGCAAACACGUCUGUGCCGAGAGACCUGAGAAGAGGGUGUGUGUGUGUGAUGAGGCCUAAGUGACAGGCCGGGUGCAUGUGUUGGUGAGGGAGAAUGAUGGGGGGUGAGGUGUGCCUGCUCCUUUGUCUUCUUCCCCAGCCCUUCUUGCUCUAAGGAGUGAUGGGGGCAGCCGUUAUCGAGGGUGAAAGGAGAAGAAGAAAGAGUGUCUGGCUCAGGAGCAACUGUGGGGGUUACACAGGCUGCGUCCCUUUGACUCUGAAUGCUACGAUUCUGCGAUCCCUCUGUUGUCUUUAGAGAAAAAGGGGAAAAGAAGGCACUCCACGGCGAGUCUUGGGAGGAAAGAGAAAAUAGCCCGAGAGAGGCAGGGGGAGUCAGGUGAUGGUAAGGAACAUCUGGCUCGCAGCCUUUAGAAAUCAAAGAACAGAAAGGAAAAGGUAGAGAUGUUUCAAAAGAUCAAGGAGCAGCGUGAGACACAAAGGGAGGGAAAGGGAGCAAGAUGGUAAGUGGGACAGGCGAGGAAGACGUUGGAGUAGAGUCAGCAGGCCGGCCGGCAGCUGACAACCAGGGGAAGGAGGGAUCCAGCAGGUGGGGAAGGAGGAGUUACAGCAGAGCCGUGAACGCCACGGAAGGCAGGGACCAAGACACCACAGGAACGAAGAGGAACGAACAGGGAGAAAGAAAAGCAAGGCAGAGAAGACCUAAAAGCUAUUUUGGUGCUAGGUAAUGUGAACAUGUUACAGUAAAUAAAAGCCAAAAGUGAUGUUUGAUUUUA